GUAACCGUGGCGAUCACAUCUUUCAGGGCAUCAUUUACUGCCGACCUCGCCAUCCGCUGCUCCUGGAGGCCAUCGUUCAGUUCUACAGCCCGACUAUCCUCGACGGGGCUGCAGCUAGUGACUACCUCGUCUUCUGCAAGUUCCUCUACGGUGCUCACUCCGACAUCCCCACACAUGGCCACUACAUGAUCACGCGUCUCAACAAGAUCGCCAUGUUCACUCGAUGCUGGAACUGGAAGCGAGACUUUGCUGGAGACCUCGCGGCCAAGGCGAGGAAUGAGGCCCAAAUGCUUCGCGCCACGCCGGACGCCGCUGACGCAGCCUGGGCAAGGAGUCAGGCAGCCUCUCCCACCAGCUCCACCUCAGGCGCAAACGCGGACCUGCAGAUGUGGGCAGAUGAGGCCAUCGCGAACAACCUCUACGAGAAGAUCAUGGAUGCCCUCUCACAGACAAG